AACAACACUUGUCUAAGGGAAAACAUCGAUGGGGGUUGAAAUAUCUUUGAUAUAAGGUUGAAAUGUCUUAAAUAUUGUUAUUACAGUAUUUAAAGUUGGGUCUUAUUAUACGGGAUAAAAGGUGUUGUUGUUAUUGAGAUUAUAAGGAUCUGCCCGCGCACUUUAACGGCUGCUUUAUAGUUUGACCCCGUCACAUAAGUGUGGCUUAAACACAAUUUUAAAGACAAUGGGGAACUUUCACCCCCACCGGUUGAUGGGAUAGUCGUCAAUAAAUAAAUUUGGUACAUAAAAAGCCACAAGACUUGGGAUAAAUGACAUCUAUAGUGGUCCCACAACUCUGACAAUAAGUAUUACCAGAUAGGGGUUGUUAAUAAUGGUUUAUGUGUAAGUUGUGGACUACUUGAUUUGGAAACAUGGAAAAGUGCAAGAUUUCUGAAAUGAACUCAUAGUUUAACAUCGCAUAUACUUGUGAAAGGGCUAUUCACGGUUAAAAAGAUAUUCUUGUAAAAGUGUUGAGGCAAAUGUCGGCUAUCGCAAAUUGAUAAUAUGAAAUAAAUACGGAGUGCUUGUCAGUGGGUUUACCGCGAAAGAGGUACAGCGUGCGAUCAAACCUCAAAAGAAAGAAAAAAGCCCGGGAAUAUACACUAUAUUUUUUAUAGAAAUUUGAUAUAUGGCGGGGAUGGCGUACUAUCUGCACUUAUCACGCUAUUUAAUAUUGGCCUUAAGAAAGAAAAAUACCCAGCUAAUUGAAAAACAACAACAAUAACAACACCUGACUGAUCCCAUUAUACAAAGGCAAUAGGAAAUUCUAGUCCCGUAUUCUUGAUGCCAUGAUUCAGUUAAAUUUUCAAAAAAGUCGUACUCAAUAGACUUUAAUAAGUAAAACAACCAAUAUUUCCUUCAAACCAGCAAAAGGGCAUUCAGAAAAACUUGGGGUGUGUCACUGGCGCUACUCACCUCUACGAAUAUGUGUACCACCAGAUCGAACAUAACAGUGUAUGUUAGCAUCUCGAUCUGAAAUCCGCAUUUGAUGCGAUGUGGCAAAGAGGGCUCAAACUAGGAAAACCUACACCGUGUUUUGGUAUCUGCUUAUUUGGAAUUAAAAUUUUAAGUGAGGCUGUACGGGGAGCAUUUCCAAAAAAAAAACAGUCCUCAAAUUAGUGAGACAUGGAGGCGUUUUGUCAACUUUAUCUCGUGUAUAUAAGUGACCUCUUACAUUAACUGGAACAAUAGUAACCUGGGAUUGUUCAAAAAGAGAGGCUAUCCUUCUAUCGCUGAUGAUAGUUCACUCAUCGCAUUAUCUUUCCUGAAUUUGCUAUAUAAAAUGUUAAUAAUUUGGAUGGUUUGUAAUUGCUUAUCUAUAUAAUUAUGUUUGAUUGCUCCUCUCUGUUUGCUGUAGAGUAAACUACACAUAACUUAAAUAUACAGCCUUCAACAUUUUUUUAAUUUUCAGCAAUCUUGGACAUUAAUCACUCUUUUGGCCCGAUUUGUAUAUCGUAGACCGAGUUAUGAAACUUGAAAUGGUACAAUAAGUUUUAUCUAUAUAUGAAUAUAAUCACAAUAUCACUAAUGAUAACACUUACAAUUCUUUUAUCAUUAUAAACAUAUAAAAAGUGCCAUAUCAAAAUGUAUUAUAUUUUAAACUUCUAGUCUACUCCACAAAGUAUAAUUGUGUUAUCAAUGCUCAAUACACACUAGUCAAACAUAAAUUGGGUAGUACUUGUAAUAUUUUCACAAGUAAAAGUUUCUAUAUAUUUCUUUUGUUUUCUUCAAUUUGGUAUUACAAGCGUUUGACAUUAACAAUGCAUUGAUUGAUCUAUAAUAUUCUGCCCCUUCACUAAUGUACACAUUCCCAAUACUACUACAGGGAAAAAAGCGCAUUGAUAACCAAAUUCUUUUUAAACAAACCAAACAAUCUUACUGUCUUUAUUGGAGGUGGUAUCUUCAAACGCCCCAAAUCAUUUUAAAACUUGCAAUUUAGCAUUUUUCACAUGUUUUGUGCAAAUAAAACAGUUGUCUAUUACCAGCUGUGAGUUACUAUAAAGGAUGUGAUUGCGCGUCCUUAUCAACUCUGCUCUGAUAACGAACCGAGUAAACUUCAACUGAAAUUACUUCAUUAUUGAAAAUGUCCCGUAAUAGAGGAUAUCGUGGUGAUGAAUCUGAUAAGGGUCUCCAAGAAAACAGGCGCGACCCGAGGGUGUCCCAGAAACAUGCACAGGAAGUGUUUUACACCGAAGGGAGCCAAGAGUCUAUCCCCAUGCAGCAAAUGGCGCCAGGCGGUCCGCCGCACAUGCAGGAUCCUGGCCUCUCACAAGGACAUAUUCCCCAUCACGGUCAUCCAUACUACAAACCGAAUGACGUUAACGCGCCUGGACACUUCCCUUCACAAAGCAACGUGUCCCAUGGAUAUAUUGUACCCGGUCAAUACGCUCCACAUGACCAAGUGGCACCAGGAUACAACUAUGCACCUUAUACCCAAGUCAUUAUAAGGGACGCGAAUACACCAAUUAUUAGAUACAUAACGCCAUCGAUAGAAUCCAUCAUCGCCAAGAGAGUUCUGACAGUCGCCGUUCUCAUCUUUAACGAAACCCUCAACUGGCUUCAAUACAGCGACUGGAUAGGCACAAUGAAUUUGCCACCCGUGUUUGGGCAUAUUGGAAAGAAGAGUAAAACGGAUGUCGUCGAAUGCAGUGCAGACGCCCCAUUUUUGCCUUCAAUUUAUGGCAUUUUCUGUGGAAUAGCCACCGUGUAUGCGCUAUUUCAGAUUAUAAACACCAUUGGCGAAACAGUUCUUGAAUACCAUGCGAGAAAAUCUGGAACAAAAUAUGAAGAUGCUGGAUCAUCGCAAAGUCAAUUGCCACAGAAUAGCGCUCAACCAGGUCCUUUGCCUCAAGAUAGAAGCCAAAAUCAACCGGAAACAAACGACGAGGAUCCUGAGAGACAGGGUGAAGAGGAACAGAAAUCAUUAAAGCAGCGUUGCUUCAGUAUUUUCUACGGUUUUCAACUUCUACACGGAUGGGUUGAAACGGUUGCCGCAAUGGUUGUGGAAGAUCUCCCGCAACUCAUCGUUAUGGCUGUAUCCAGCUACUACUGUACCGUCAACUUAGAAAACGCUGUAUUUCUCCUCAUUUGGAUGGUCGUAAAGGAAUUAAAAAACUCUUUCAGGAAGGCUUUCUGCAAACACAAGUACACAGCCACACAAUGCUCGUGUGACUGUGGUGACUGCUUUAAAGGAUGUUGUACCUUCACGUGUCCGCUACCUUGUUGUUGUCUGGUGUGUGUCUGCAGGCUGUGUCCUGGGGCCGAGGAACAGUGCUGUGAGAUGAGGCCGGUCAAAAUCUGCCCUGAUUGUAAAUUUGACUGUUGCAGUGGUCCAAGCAUCUGUGAUGGCCUCUGCAAUGCCUGUGGUCCCAAGGACGAAGAUCCAGAAUGGGCGACAGAUUUGCUAAAGAAGCUUGAGUCGCUUGCUGGUGUUGUAUUUUUUGUUAUUGUUGUUUUUCAAAUACUUGGACUUACUGGAACAUUUCAUGCUUCCAUUUAGAAAGUUUUCUUUCAACAGAAAUUUUCAUUAACUAAGCAGUUUACAGGAUAUUUCAUUAAGUAAGCUGCUCACAUGCUGUGUUGUUUGUACUCGGAUUAUAUUUUUCAAAACGACUGGUUUUAUUUGCGCAAGCUCGGUUUGUUUUAAUAUUUGUGUAUUUUAAAAUUCUUUCUUCUCUGAAGGACACAUUUGCACGCAUGUCCAGUGUUUUUUUUUUUUGCAUAUCUGAUAAGAGAUAUCUUACUUUGUUUAGUUUAUUCUCUAAUAAACAGCAG